CAGUCAGUGUCAAAAUGUCGUCGUGGGUUGUCUCCACCACCGAGCUGCGCGAUUGUGGUACCAAAGGCUCCAAAGCCUCAUCCACCUCGUCGCGGCACACGCGUCUGAUCCUGCUGGUGUGGCAGAAUCUCGCCGAGAAGUGCCACAAAUUCGGAAGUUUUCUCCGGCGUGAAACGAAUAAACCGCUGCCCAAAGAACUGAGGCGAUCGUUACGUCUUAACAAAUCGGCCCGCCGGAAAGGCUAUCGGAGUUGCGAGAGCGAAGCAGAAAAACGGCUGAUGACAGAGCGUUUAAACGAACCCAUCAACAUCUCCAUUCGCAUGGGACCUGCCUAUGACUAUAGGCCAUCGAAUUUCUGAUCGUUCGGGAUUAUUAUAUAAGGAUAAAGUUCUUCGAAUUUCUUAGCUCUGCUAACUGCUAACUUAGCUUAAGAUGUAAUGUUACUGCUAAGUUGCCAAUGUAAACUGUUAUUAAAAGUUUUUACGCAGCCUUACACGAAUGUCGUAAGCUCUGCGACAGCUGAUGAAAUCAAAGAGCUUUACAAGCAACGAAAGCUCUGGUUCGCUCUUAACGACACACAUGAGUUCUCUUAAGCUCUGCUCUUACUACGCCCACUCAAAAGUUUAUUGCCACAACAAGUGGACGUGACUUUGUGCAUCACAAACAGAGUAUAUUAGCUUUUUUAAAAAGUAUAAGUUACAUGUAAUUAUAAAAAUUGGUUUUGCUAAGCACUACAAACUUACCGCAUUAAUUUUUGCAUAUAAUGCAUAUAAUAAAAAAAAAAACAAAAUAAACAUUUUAAAACACAAA